AUGGCCCGUCUGGAAGCGCAAGCCACUAGAGCGUUUUUAAAACAUUUAGGGCGAGCCGGGAUAAGCCAUUGUCCUGACCAAAAAUGGGCAUCGGCGAGGGAACAUCCUGGGAAGAAGUCUCUCGUCGGCCCCUCGAAUGAGCAAGGCGGGUCCGCCAACGAAGGCGCGGGUCUCGGCAAGAGCUCGCAACUGGCGCACCUGGCCAAGGAAGAGACGGCACUCCAAAUGGAGCCCGUUCUGGAGUCCAUCAGCCACUGCGAACUAAGCCAUGGCAAGCAGGUGGAGGUCUUGGAUCUCCAGGGCUUCUCCAGGGUCGGUUCAGGGGUCGCGAAAGCAAAGGCAGAGGAGGCCGGCCCAAGCGGGUCUCCAGAAAGCCCGUCACUGGAGACCUCUGUCCUCGGAUGCAGUGAGAGCCCUCUGGAGGGGCACCAGGUGCAGGUGGAAGGAGGCCAGGAGGGUCUCCCGGAGCCGCAAGAGGCCGUCCUUGGCCAGGACGCUGAGGCCGAAGUGCGGCUGGCCAAGCUCACCCAGCACCCUGCCAACAACCUUCCCCAGAAGUCACUUUGCAGCUCCAAGAUAAACCCAAAGGGCAGCAAGGAUGGAGCUGUCUCUGAGCUGAAGGAGAAAGGGUCUCAGGGUCUCCAGGGCCAAGGCUUCCCUGGACCACCGUCAGUGGAUGCUGAUUCCAAGUGUGUAGCAAGCCGGAGAGACAAGUCUGUGCACGAAAACCAAGGGCUGAGCAAGUUCCAGGCCCAGAAGAGAAAGAGCACUCCCAGCUUAUCCGAAGGGGAACCAGCCAGCGACUGCAGAUGCAAAGAGACCAGGGGAGUUCAGAAGGCACCGUUCCGAAUGAACCAUCCAGAAGAGAAGAAGCCGGACGAAGCCCCCGGAUCGGGGCCUUUCUUUUACCUUGGAGGAGCCAAUGGAGUUGAUAUACUGAAUGUCUACUGCAAAAGCAAAGGGUGGCAGCGGAUCUAUGACAACCGGAGGGAGGAUUUUAUCCUGAAAUGGUGUGAGACCAAGUUUCGGGACACCUAUUACAAUUUCCGGGAAGGGGAGCAACUUCUUUAUCAGAUCCCAAAUAACAAAGUCCUCACCACGAAGAUCGGCCUGCUGAUGAACCUCCGGGAGUAUGAGCGAGUGAUCAAGAAGAUGAACAGGGCCAGCAAAACGCUGAUGAUGGAAGAGUUUUUCCCUGAGACUUUCCGCCUGGACACCAAAGAUGAGCGAGAAUCCUUCUUUGAAACCUAUACAGAACCCCAGAUUUGGAUCUGCAAGCCCACGAGCUCCAACCAAGGACGGGGGAUUUUCCUGCUGAAGAACCAGGCCGAAGUCAACGAGUUGGAAGCCAAGCUCCACAGCCUAGAGGAGGACCCUCAGUACAAGAAGCUGCCCUACAAAAUCCCCCCGGCCAGAAUCGUGCAAAGGUACAUCGACAAGCCACUGCUUCUCGAGGGCAAGAAGUUCGACGUCCGGUCCUACCUCCUCAUCGCCUGCACUGUGCCCUUUGUGCUGUUCUUCGGCCACGGAUACGUUCGUCUGACGUGCCUGAACUACGACCCCAGAUCCGAAGAUCUCACCUCUCACCUGACCAACCAGUACGUCCAGAAGAAAAGCCCCAUCUAUGCCCUCGUGAAGGAAGAGACGGUGUGGCAAAUGGACCGCUUCAACCAGUACGUCAACGAGAAGUUCAGACAAGCCAAGGGGCUGCCCAAGGACUGGGUCUUCAACGGAUUUACCAAGCGAAUGAAGGAGAUCAUGUUGCAAUGUUUUCUGGCCGUCAAGUCCAAACUGGACUGCAAGCUGGGCUAUUUUGACCUCAUCGGGUGCGACUUCUUGAUUGAUGAAGACUUUAAGGUUUGGCUGCUGGAGAUGAACGCAAACCCUGCUCUGCACACGAACUGUGGGGCGCUGAAGAACAUUGUUCCCACGGUGGUGAACGAAACUCUGGAUCUGACCAUCGAGAUAUUCACCAAGGUCCAAAAAGCACAGCACAUCCUUCCACUGGAGUCCCUGUGCCACUUCACGCUGCUCUACAACGGCCUGGCCUCCGACAACGGGCCGCCCCACCUCACCAAGAGCAGGACUUCCCUCCGCUCGCUGAGGAGCCACUGGGCCCAGGCAGGCAGCAGCGGCCGUGGGACGGACAAGCAGCCCGCCAAAAGCUUGGAGAAGCCGCCCAGAGGGGAAGCCUCCGGCCCUUCGGAGGGCCUCCCCCUCCCACCCAGCAAGGGGGUCUCCCGAAACACCUUGCCCAUGCCUCAGAUCCAAAUAUCCAUUGUCCCCGGCAUCAGCUGCUGCCAGUCGGUGAAAGCGGUCCUCCGGGGCAACCCCGUCUGUAGCAGCGGCAACCAGUACAUCAUCAAACCCGUCCUGGCUGCCUUGGACAAGCACGAGAGCGCUCACGACCGGGGGAAAGAGAGCGGACCCGCGGCUGCCGGGGGCAAUGGCAAGGACCGGCCCUACGCCUCUUGCUUCCAGAGGAUGUUUGGGAGCAAGAUGCAGCCCCCCGGCGGGAACGAGGCGGACGGCCCCUUGACCAGCUCGCAAAUGGUCUCCCUCCACCUCCAGUCCAACCUGCCCCCCAACCUCCCCGCCUCCCAGGAGACCUGCAAACCCCUCCGCCAGCUCGUGACUCACGGGAAGACCCCGACGGACGGCGGGAAGGACGCUACCGAGCUCCUCCACCAAAGCUGCGGCGAAUCGAUCCCGGAGGAUACGAAGGUCGCCUACCGCGGCUCCUAA